AAGACACCCUGUUCCAGGUGCAGCGAAGAGGCCCCAAAACAUAACCGAGCCGAGUGAAAUAAGCAGCAGAAUCUGGAAACCUGUUCAACCAGCAUACAACCAGCAUACAACCAGCAUACAACCAGCAUACAACCAGCAUACAAUCCAUAACAUUGUAUAUACCAUAUACCAUGAGAAGAAUCCUGAUAUUUUAAGAAUCCAGUGUUUGAGCACCUAUAAUAAAAAAUUUGUUUGUGGACACAUCAGUCUAAGAAAGUUUUAUCUUUUUGAGUCUUGGCCUGUUGGUGAGGAAAUGUCUCAGGUAGAUGCUUCAUACAGAGCUACAUGUGAUCCAGGGUCACAGAUGUCCACGUCCAAGAAGUCUGAAGAGGAAAAGCCACAAACAGGCUCCACAGAGUGUUUUGGUGAGCAAGGCUUCCCGAUGGGCACCACAGACAAGUCUGGUGAGCAAGAGCCACCAAUAAGCAUCACAGACAAUUCUGAUGAGCAAAAGUCACCAACAGGCACAACAUAUAAGUCUAGUAGGCAAGUGCCGCCAACAACCAUUACAGACUAUUCUGGUGAGCAAGAGUCCCCCAUUGAUACCACCGACAAGUCUGGUGAAAAGUCACAGAAAAAGUCAGAGCCAGAGCCAACAGAAAGCACAACAGACAAAUCAGGCAACCAAAAGUCCCAGAGGAGCACCACAGACCAUUCUGGUGAGCAAGUGUCACGGGUUAGCACCACUGAAAGUAUCACUAAAAAGCAAGAAUUGGAGUUGGAUCCAACUCCGUACCUAAGGCAUAGACAGGGGUUCCAAGAAGGUGCCGCAUUCCAACAACCACCUACAUCUAAAACAGUGAUUGAAGAGAAACCUGCUACAGGAUAUCAUUGGUUUAUCGGUCCAGUAGUUUCAGCCGUGGUUUUGUUUGUACUCUAUUUCGUCUUCUCAAGUAAGGGACAGCCUCCAGUCCACCAGGACUCUGUACUCAAAUUUUUUUUUAAAGAAUUUGCAAGACUCAAGAAGGAUUUCCCUGGACAGAAUGAAGGUCUGUGGUUUAGAAGUGAAAAACUACUGCAGGAACACCUUAACAUGUCUGAUCCCAGUGCACCCUCUAUCCUAAUCCUCACUGCAGCCCAGGAUGGGGAACAGACUUUACACUGUGUGAGCCAUCGCCUAGCUAAGUCCUAUGCAGACUCCCUUAGUGCCAAAUGGUUAACGGUACAUGGACCAUCCAAGUCGAACUUCGAUAGUGCCACCAGCAAAAUGCAGAUAGAUGAAGAACUAAGUUCCGGGUUUCAGUCUGGCAGUCGGGCAGCUGUAUUGUACCGCUUAGAAACAUUACCCCCUGGUUCCUUACUCAUCCUGUAUAAAUACUGCGAUCAUGAAAAUGCAGCCUUCAAAAAUGUGGCUCUGGUGCUCACUAUACUCUUGGAUGAACAGUCUCUAGAGAUGGAUCUUUCGUUCACAGAGGUGGAAGAAAAAGUGAAGGAUUUCCUUUGGGAACGAUUUGCUUACUCCGGAGUCAGCGCACAUAAUGAAAUGGAUGUAGACAAACUGAGUGGAGUGUGGAGCCGCAUAUCCCAUGUUGUUCUUCCGGUAUUGCCUGUAGGGUCCAUAGAAAGUGGUAGCUGUCCUGGGAUUUAAGACCGGCACUAGUCUUUAGCUAUAGGUAAUGCAGGUGUUGAACUUUAUUUCAUCCAAAUGUGCCUUAAUACUUCAGAAUGAUGUCAUCCAAAAUGGAUGCCAGAAUGAAUCACAGAGAUGGAAAGUAACUGUUUUUUUUUUUUUUUAUUGUUUAAAAAAACAAAAUUCUAUUAGGACUGUAAAGAGACUUUUGGUUCCUCACCUGUCAUGUCCAUUGUAAUAGAUACUUGUAUUGACCCCAAAAAUAACAAUUCUAGAACAUCUUUUUAUAGAAUUCUAAAUGAUGCUGUUCCUCUGCCAAUCCUUUUGAAAAUUGUUUUUUUUUACACAAUUUGACUUUGUUUAGUCUAGGUGUGGGUUAGAACGGCGUUGACCAGGGAUGAGUGCGUAAGAUGGGUAGAAAAGAACCAUUUAUUUAAAACAUUUAUUUAAAGCAUUGUUUUAAAUAAAUCCUUCUUUUCUACCCAUCUGACGUACUUAUCCCUGGUCAACGCCGUUAUAACCCACCGCUCCCUGGAAGUCUUCACCUGCCACUGCUCAUUUGGUUGGGAGGCUGCAGACCGGGCCCUACACUCACUCACGCUGACCAUUGUUGUGUGCUCACACAACCGCCUGUGGUAAGUGUUUUUCCAAAUUACCAUUUUCUCUCACCCAGGCGGUUUUACACUAGGGCCACAGCAAACCCACUUUUAUUUACACAACAAUUUAAACAUUGUUUAACAAAAUAUUAACCCCUCCCGUAUGAACAUCAUACAAUCAAACAAAAUGAAAAACAUUAACUUAUACCUGCCCCAGGACAAGGACUUGAAGGCACCACUAAUUUAAAGGGGGCCUCCUAUUUACCCCCAGCCAUGCAUCACCAAGCCCGGGGGCACCAAUUAUCGGAGACCCACAACCCUCCCUGGGGGCCCCCAUGCCCGCAGGGAAUUCUCCACCAGGCUGGGUACCGUCCCCACCCUUAACUGAAACCACCUUUCCAGCUGCCACAAUGUCCAUAUAGGCCUCCAAGCCCCUAUCCUGCUACCUCUGCUGCAACAAAAAUCAGAAAACUAGGGCAGGUGGGCGAGACUUCUUCUCCUGUGGCCACGCGCCAACUGACCCCCCUCCCUACUCCACCUCUCCUAUAUCUCCUCCUUGCUCCUCCCCUUUCCUAGCCCCACUCCCUGAACUCCCAAUUACCUUAACCCUUUCCUGGCCACAAGUCUCCCUCUGUCAUGUGCCCCUCCAUUCCAAUGCUUUACAUUACAGGGCUUUCUUGACUAGAGGAUAUCCUAAUUGUUGGCCCCUUGAAACUCACUACCUUUAUUGUUCAGUCUAUGCUGAGAGUGUCAUACUGUGUAGGGGCACCCUGUAUUGACAAGAUGAAUAACGACACCUAAUUGUCAACUUAUUCAUGCAUUUUCAGGAGGAAUAACAGAGGUAUUGGCAAAGACUGCUAACUUCAAGUAAACAAACAUUUCAGGAAACCUGGAAGCUCAUCUUUUAAUUAUUAUAAUUUGAUAAGAUUCCAAUCUAUAGGAAUGAUAUGCACUCAGUUUUCUAUUUCAUUUUGAAUUGUAUCCCCUACAGAUGUGUUCUGCUUUACCUUUCCUAUAGUUACAGAUUCCAAUUUCUCAUGAAACCAAUUCAGCACAAAAUCACGUUGGAACACCCAAAAGGCUUUGUUUACGUAACAGUCACUGAGUGGGACACCUAGGGAUACACAGUACUCACUGAUAGAGUAUCUGGAGAUCAUGUUGCUGUGGGUGGCUGGUGUAAAACUCACCACAUUUUAUGCAACCCUUAAAAACUUUGCACCAAUCAUCGGACACGUGAAGCUAAUGGAGAGAGAGGUUUAUGGCUAUUGGAAGCCAGAAGAAAAGCUGCUGAUAUUCUAUGUUGUAUUUGAAUUCAGUAGGUGCUUUAUAAUGCUUUAGUAUAUCUACAGUAAUACCACAAGGCAACUGUGUGUGGUUUAAUCAUAUUGGUUCAUACACAACUAAUCCGCAACAGGUUGCACACAGCUGAAAUUCCCCUUGCGCAUUUUCCACUGUGGAAUUGAAGUCAAUGGGUAUCAACGUAUCCUGCUUCUGGACAUCCGCAUUUCAGCUACAGGAAACCCGCAACGGACUAGUUUUGUGUGAAUGUAAAGUGGUAUUCACUUCUGUGUAUUUAUGACAUAUCUACAGGAUAUGCAAUAAAGGUCUGAUAGAUCUGCAGAAACAGUGUAGUAGUGCGGUGCACCGCUGUUUAUGCAACUGACGUAAAAGACGUUAUAAAGGAUAAUAAAAAAAAGCUUAGCUGAUUUCUUCCACAGACACAUGUGCACCUGUCCAUAGGUUGUCUUUACAACUCAGUUCCAUUCACUUUAGUGGACUUCAGCUGCAAUUCCACACACAAACUGAAGAGAAGAGUGUUUCUUAAAGAAUGUUGUUUUUCUAAUCCUGGAUAACCCCUUUCCCUCUAUAGGAGUUCUGUAAAUCAGCCAGCUCAGCUGGGUUCAGCGUCCUGAUGAUCUACGGCAAAGGCAACCAGGCCAGAGGUAGUCAAGGGGCCCUGGAUCUCAAGAUAUGAUUGAGGCCGGCAUCUGAAUGAAUCUGAAUGAAUGUACCAUAAAUCUCCAGAGGAGAAUAAUUCUGUUACCCAGAGCUAUUCUCUAAGGCAGUGUUUCCAAAGCCCAGUGCACAAAUACCCCCAAACAGGUUAUGUUUUCAGGAUUUCCUUAGUCUUUCACAGUUGAUAUAGUUUAAAGGGAUACAAAAUGUUCCGAACCCUUAGAGCCGGUGUCGGGAGCUCGUGACUUCAUA